AUUGGCAUUGUUUUCCAGCUGUAGCUGUGCCAACGGUGGAGUUCGGGUUCCUCCUCCAAUGCAAUGCCUACCACCCAUGGAAGCUGAAGUCAGGAUCGGUUGCUUCUUUCCUCCUCCUCCUUGGAUAUGUCUCACCCCUUUGAUCCAAAUUCAACUUGGAGUUCCGACAAUUCGCAAGGUCGUUCUGGGUUGUUUUCUGGUGAGCAGGGUAAUGGUCAGGGUCCACGCAAGCAUUGCACCUUCGAAAGGUUGAUCGAUGGUGGCCACCAAGAACAAGGAGCAGGAAUGGUUACAAUCUCAGAUGAUUCAGCGGUUGUUGAGUGCAUCGCGAUCCGCAUCUACUUCGUGGAUCACUUUGUGCCGCUGUGGGGAGGUUGAUGGUCACCCACUUGCGUCGUGAGGACAGAAGUACAUGGAAUUUGUCAGUGGCGGAAUGGACGCCUACCACCAGGCCCUAAAGGCCCUUGCGCUGGCCCCUCCUCUCAACAAGCCAUCUGAGCUUGACCGCAUUGAGCCGCUGUUUGGCCAGGGUAGUUCGGGCGGUUCAGGUGUUAGCCGCAGCGAUGGGAAGAAGAGCCGGGCAAGGAAGGGCACAGGACGGGGAAGCAAGAGCAAGAAGCACAAGGGGAAGGCAGGGCCUGGUGCCGAAGCAAGCGUGCAGACAUUCUGGGCGCAGGUUGAGGACUACUUCCGGGACGUGCGCGAUGCUGAUGUGCAGCUGUUGGCGCCGCGGCCGCCUUUGGAGCAGGACCCGCAGCUGGCUGUGCCGCGGCUCGGGCGGCCGUAUUGGCAGGUGUGGCAGGAGGAGGACGUAGCCCAGCAGCGCUCCAGCAGUGCCGCCCAGCAGAAACAGUCUGCCACAGUGGCCAAGCAGAAGCUGCUGUCAGCCAGCCCUGUGAGCAAGGCCAAGAAACGGCCUGCAACCGAGACAUCCUCUGCCCCGCUCGUCACCUCAGUGCUGUCACCGUUACUUGACGAGAAUGAUGAGCCCUGCGAUGUCUGCUAUGAAGGUGAUUCCGAUGAGCUGAACGAGAUUCUGUUCUGCGAUGGCUGCGACGUUGCGGUGCACCAGAACUGCUAUGGGGUGGCCACGGUCCCUCGCGGAGAGGAGCCAUGGUUUUGCCUGCGCUGCAGUGCGCCGGACCCGAACGCCCUCUCCUGUGUGCUGUGCCCGCAUAAGAAGGGGGCCAUGAAACCGGUGGCUGUCGAGGGGGGUCCCCCUGUGGGCCAGCACGCGCACCUCUUCUGUGCCCAGUGGGUUCCUGAGACGUACAUCCGGGAGGGGGAUGGGGCAGUCAUGAACGUGGGCGGGGUGCUCAAGGAGCGCUAUAAGCUGACAUGCGUACUGUGCAAGGUCAAGCAGGGGGUCUGCAUCCAGUGCAGCCACGGUCAGUGUGCUGUGGCGUUUCAUCCCCUGUGUGCGCGGGCCAAUAAGCUUCAGAUGGAGAUUGCAAGCAGGGAGGAUUCGGAAGAGGUUGAGCUACGCGCUUUUUGUGCCAAGCAUUCAAAAGAGCGGCCCGCCCACGUGCUUGACCUGAACCCUCCCCCGGAGCCCCAAGAGGGGCUGCUUCCCCCGCCAGGAGCGGCCACCAGCGGCCCAGAGACGGACUUGAAGCAACAGGCGGGAGCAGGGCCAGGCAGAGCGCCAUUGGGGGAGGCGGCUCAGAGUGGCUGGACAACUCGCAAGGAUGCGAUCCCCCCAGGAGCAUUGCUGCCCAGCUUUGACAGUGCGGGGAAUGAGGAGGCAGCCGGAUUCAGGCCAGCGCAGGACUGGGCCUCCACUCCUUCAGCAAUUAAGGGCAGACCUCUACAGUUGCGCGGCGGGGCGCCUGAGGGGGACGAGACUGAGGAUGAAGGGGACGAUGAGGACAUGGCGGGGCUGCCCAGUCCUGUGGAGGGGGGGCUGGCACGCGAAUUGGCAACCGACUCCGAGGCUGAGGACGGGGAGGGCAGCGACGAUGAUGACGAGUACGCAGGGCUUGGUGAGGACCCUGGGGGAGUGGCAGACAGAGGGGCCGCAGCAGAGGCACUGCUGCCGGCGGGACCGCUGAACACAUUUGAGCUGUCGGUGCUGGCCCCCGAGGAGCGGCGAUACCUGAGCGCGGCAGAGCAGGCGCAGGUGGACAACCUGCUGGCGUGCCUGGACUCCACGGUGCUCAUCGAGCUGGCCAAGGGGGUCAUGGCACAGCUCAACAUUACGCAGACGGCGCUGGCGCACAUGGCGCAGGUGUCGCAGAGCAUCCUCUCCUACUGGCUGCACGGCCGCAACCGACCUUCGCAGGAGGCCAUCAACGUGAAGAUGCGCGCCUUCCUGCGCGGCUAUUGCAUCGCCACCGAGGUGCCUGCCGAGACUGAUGACGACGUCGGCACCUCGUUCGUGGCAGAGGGGCAGUUGCCGUACUACGAUGUGGAGGGAUACUACCCUCAGGCGGGUUACGCGGUCCUGGAGCAGGACGGGGUGAACAGCCAUGGGGGAGUGAACGGGGGCCCUGCUGGGGGGGCCUACGAGGGGGUGAGUGAGGGGUCGGAGCUGCUGCACCACCUGGCGGCACGCACUGCCGCUAGCACAGGGCGCGCGCUACACCACCAGGCUGCACCAGGGGCGGCCUCAGGUCGAGGGGAGGGGGGCCCAACAGGGCCAGAGGAGGACGGGGAGCGCUGGACCUGCAGGCAGGGAGAGCAGGACAGCAGCAGCAAGGCGGUGGGAGGCGACAGGGAGGAGCAAUGGAGGGGGGAGCAGGCAGGAACGGAGCCAGAUGGCACGAGUAGCCGAGCGGGCGCGGCAAGAAAGGCAUUGAGAAGCCAGAGGAGGCGGGGAGGGGGGGCAGGUGGCUGGGGUGGAGCAGGGGCCCGACCGGGGGCCGAUGCACUGAGCAGCAUACAGCAGAGCGAAGAUCAUACGGUGGGGCCCAUUCUGCAGGAGCAUUCGGCAUCAAUACAGCUGGACCACGAGAGAAACGGAGGCCAGGCUCAAGAGACGACUGCAGGGCCGAGCUCGGCGCAGCUGCCCCCGGAGAAGCGGCCUGCCGUACCCCCUACCCCGGCCCCUGGACCUCCUGCGGCUGAGGCUGCUCCGCAGAGUGGGGCGGUGGGCCAGGCCCUCAACGUAACCCCCACCGCUGAGCACGGCAUCAGCAGCAGGGUGCGCGGAGCCGCCCGCACCAGUGCUCUGCGGGCCGCCGCCUCCAUGGCUGCGGCAGCAGGGGCAACGGCUGGCCAGGCUGGCCAGCGAGGGGUGUCGGGGCAGAAAAGAGGUGUGCCCCCCCUCGGGCUGAGCGAGCCGGAGGAGGUGCACGCGUACACACUUGCUUUGGCAGACCCGGGGGGUGCAGGGCGCAAGAGCAAUGAUGGUGGCAGGGCUCGGGAACCUGGGGAGCAAGGGGCUGCAGGAAGUGGUGCCGGGCCAGCAAGAGGCACACCGGGCACGCCCAAUGGGGUCAGCCCAAUGGGAAAUGUGGCGGCGGGCGAGCUGUCAGUGGCGUGGCAGGAGGCGCAGCUGGCGGCCGCCCGGCCGCUGCUGGGGCAGGCCCCCGAGGACGAGGUGGUGGGCGAGCUGUACGCGCAGCAGGCCGCCCUCUUGGCGCAGCUGGCGGCCAACGGCGCCCGCGCGGCACGACUGCUGCAGCAGCUGCUCCCGUGGCUGCCGGCGCAGCUGCGUGGUGCGCGCGUACGCGGGGAGCAGGCGCGUCUGGUGGACCUGUACCUGGCGGCGGAGAAGGAGGCCAAGAAGCACGACCGCAAGCUCAAGAAGGACAAAGAGGCGGCCGCGCUGCUCGCAGCAGCCACCGCCGCCGCUGCCGCCUCGCCCCGCAACUCGCACCUGCGCAGGGAGGGCUCAUUUGGGGGAACUCCGGGCGGGUCUCCGGGGGCGUGGGAGGCCGGUGCCAGUGCGGCGGGGCCCACCAGCGGAGGCAUGGCAGCACCUCCGCAACAGAUGGAUCUGGCGCGUGCGGCAGCUGCAGGGGCGGCGGCGAUUGCCAGUGGCAAACCGCCCAAAGCCCCCGGGUCCGGGCCGCGCAGUGGCGGGCCCAGCAAGCCCCGUGUGCGGCAGAAAGGGCUGGGCGGGACAGCAGUGCAGGCAGGGCGGCCGGCUGGCCGCGGUCCCGGGGCAGGGGCGGGUGAGAGUGGUGGAGGCGAGCGGAGCUGGCGGGGCAAGCCGGUGCGGCCCACCUUGCCGGACGAGUGGCCGCAGGCAGCGAGCGGGGAGGCGCUGUGUGCGGUGUGUGGGCAAGGGGAGUCGGCAGCGCCCAACGAGAUCGUGUUUUGCGAGCAGUGCGGCGUGGCGGUGCAUCAAGAAUGCUACGGCGUGCGCACCAUCCCGACGGGCCCCUGGUGGUGCCAGCCGUGCGCAUACCAGCGCCAGCACCGCGGCCCUUCUGCUCCCGCCCUCGCGGCAAUCCCGGGUGAGCCCCCGGGACGGGGCCACCCUGGGACGCAGUGCGCCCUGUGCCCUGGCCGGACGGGCGCCAUGAAGCGGGCCACGGCAGCAGGCCCGGACGCGGCGCCGCGCUGGGUGCACGUCUUCUGCGCGCAGUGGAUGCCGGGGACGAACCCGGGCAAGGGGGAGGGCGCGCUGGUGGAGGGGCUGGAGACCCUGGGGGCGGACUGCGCCAGCGCGCGCUGCAGCCUCUGUGGGAGCAAGCUGGGAGCGUGCCUCACGUGCUCUGCGGCACGCUGCUCCCACAAGUUCCACGCCUCCUGCGCCCGCAACGCCAGCCUGGCCAUGACGCUCCAGUCCACUCCCGACGGCCGCCUGCUAUACCACCAGUACUGCGAGCAGCACUCAGCGCACGGACAGGCGCCGCCCGGAAAGGAGCCCGGCCCUGCCGCUGCUCCCGACAAGGAGCAGCAGCUGGCGCAGCUCAAGAUCGUCCGGGUCGAGUUUGAGCGCGUGCGCAUGAUCUGCGACCGCCUGAUGCGCCGCGAGAAGCUCAAGCGCGAGCGGGUGCGCACACUGCGAGAGCUGGGGUCGGCCCAGCUGGCCGCGGCGGCCCAGGCCGUAGCGGCGGCGGGGGGAGGCGACCCGGAGGACCGCAGCCCGACGGUGCGGCCGCAGCGGCAGAGGAAGGGCAAGGGGCGAGACGGCGCGAACGAGGGGGAGGGUGAGGGUUCGGCUCUAGGGGAGCCAGGCCCCGGCAGCAGCGGCAGGCCCACCGACGAAGCCAUGGGGCCGCAUAUCAGCGGGCCACGCACAAACCUGCACCAGAAGAAGCGGUCAGCCGCAGGAGAAGGGGCACGAGAUGCCAAACGGGCGCGGCUGACUAAGCCGGCGCAGGAGAGGAAGAUGGCCUCCCCCGCCAGCAGCCCGCACAGUAGGAAGCAGCAUGCAAGCCCCGCGCAGGGGCCCUCCGGGGCAGACGGGCGGCUGGGCCCAGAGUGGGCCCACCGACAGGAUGUUCACAGACAGGACACGCAUGCUGGCUUCUAAGGACAGGGGCGGGUGCACAUGGGACGAGUGCUGGCUUUGUGCCCACGUGCUCUGCGUUUUGCCAAACAAAUGCUCGAGGAGCCUGAAGCAUAUCAGGUGGCUGCAUCCCACCUGAACGUGAUACAUGGAUCUUCCGGCUGAGUCGUCUGCGCACAAACGUGUCGGCUCCUGUGUAUCAAAGUCGCUCUUUCCUUUAUCGAACGGUAGCUUUUUUUGACGUUCUUCAUAAAGUAGGAAGUGUGGAUGUGAUCGAGAGUCUCCUGGCCGUCAUCGAAAUGCAUGGGUCAUGAAGAGAGCUCGAGCACAUCAAGUAAAGCAGGAAUGAUUGGAUGAUUAUUUUAAUGACAUGUUCCUCCCAAUUACGUCAGCAGAAGCGGGC